AUGGUCAACAUAGUUGUUUAUAUUUUUCUGAAUGGACUGUUCCUUGUUGGCGCCUCGCAGGAUCAAAGUGUCCUGCAGGAAUUACAUAGCCUAAGAGGUCUAAAACCUUUGGUCACUGAAUUUGCCGAAUACUUUCAAAAUGCAACGCUAAAUGAUUUGGGUCUUAUGGACCCCAAAUUGCCAACUCAGGAGGAUAUAUUGUGUUUAAGCCACUUGACUCAGUUUUCUUUGGCCCUUCGUUCCGGCCAAUAUUGGGCCCUGAAAAUGAUUGAUUCAUGGGGUUCUAUUCCAUCUGGGAUACUAACGGGCAACCGAUACGACUUCGGAAACUUCGACGAGUGUCUCAAUAUUCAAAAGGACAGCAUUCGUGGAAAGUACUGCUUCUUGGAGACUAAGCCUAGUAAACUAAUAGGCAACGACAAUCCAAUAGCUGCACUAUGGAAGAUUUCAACUGCCACCUGCUUUCCGGCCUCCUGUUCAGCCAAUCACAUGAAUAAGUUUUUGAGUCAGAUGAGUCAGAGUCUACUCAACGUGAGUGUCCCCAGCACAGUGAUGAGUAUCAGCGAUAGCAACUGCCAGACGGGUGAAAGCGAACCCUGGGAUGGACUAACCAUUUUCACAAUAGUUUUCUUAUCUCUGAUGGGCUGUAUAGUGGCUCUCUUCACGCUCUACGACUACUUUAUGUGCAUGAAUCAAAAUCAACUUCCUGCGAUCGUUAAGGCCUUUUCGGCCAGGGCUAACUAUAGAGCUCUUUUUCGCAUCUCAGAGAACAAUUCCAACCCGAAUGUAAUCGACUGUCUUCAUGGGAUGCGGUGCAUGUCUCUUAUCUGGGUCUUUAUCUCCCAUGAAUUCGACGCUAAUUCUGGAUCACCGAAUCUCAAUCUUUUCCAUUUGGUUCCGUGCCUUGAGCAACCGUUGUCCAGUUUUAUUCUUCAUGGCUAUUUUUCGGUGGAUACGUUCCUUUUCCUUAGAGGGUUAUUGGUGGCUUGGAUUACGCUGGAUGGAUAAGUAAGAUCUAAGACGAAGGGAAAAUUGAAUGUUCUACUUAUGUAUCUGCAUCGGCUAAUCCGAAUCCUUCCUUUUUUGGCCACAGCUAUUAUCGUCUACUGCAGUCUUAUGGGUUAGCUGGCGGACGGACCUCCUUUUAAGGGCGGAUAUGGUGGCAAAUCAACGUGCGAAAAAGGAUGGUAUUGGACCUUGCUGUUCGUGAAUAACUACACCAAUGUUACAUGUCUGGCUCACACAUGGUAUCUUUCAGUGGAUAUGCAGUUAUUCAUUAUCUCUCCAAUACUACUCAUCGGUCUUUAUAAAUGGGGCAAAAAAGCAGCAGCUGGUAUAUGUAUACUGAUAGCUCUACUUUCUGGCUGUCUCUUUGCCACUAUGUUGCUCAACCACUACUCACUGAUGAUCAAGGGUCUCACUGCAAAGGCACAGGCUAAGCUAUACUGCGCCACCCACACUCAUGCCACUCCUUGGCUGAUUGGAUUCCUGUUCGGAUACUUUCUGCACGUGAACAGGGGAAAGAAAUUCCGGCUGAGCUGGAUUUCCGUGUGGUCUGGAUGGAUUCUUAGCCUGGCCAUGAUGUUCACAUCCAUAUUCGCGCUCUAUCCAGCCGCCAAGUGGAGGGCACCUCCCUUGUCGACCCUGGAUGAAACCUUCUACGUCACCUUCACUAGGUUGGGAUGGCCAUCGGCCCUCUGCUGGGUGGUCUUCGCCUGCAUCCAGGGAUUCGGGGGUCUGGCCAACAGCUUCCUGUCCUGUCAACUCUGGAAACCUCUAUCGAGACUCUCGUACUCCGUCUACAUAUGGCACAUUUUUAUCCUGCAGAUAAACGCACGUAGUGUUAGAACAAAUACCUAUUUCUCAAACUACCAAGUGAUACUCAAUUUCUGGUCAUGUAUAGGUAUUACUGUGCUGCUCGCCUACGUAAUGUUUGUCAUCAUUGAAGCACCAUUUGGUGGACUUGACUAUUUUAUAAGGCCGCAGAAAGUGGAAUCAGCCGAAAGCAAACGGAGAUUGGAUUCAGAUCAGCAAGAAAUAAAGCCAGAUGAUGAUGAUGAUAAUACUACAAAGGACCUGAAUGUCGAUCAAAUGGCUCCAACCCCACCUAAUUAG